UAUACCAAAGAUUAACACAUACAGUAAAUGUAUAUUUAUUAAAUUAAUUAAAUUAUGAAAUGCUUUGUAAUUAUUUUUUAUUUCACUUGUAUUGGGUGGAAGAAGAAAUAUUAAAGACAUAAUCUCAAAAGCAUUAAAAAACUAAACUAGCUGAAUAUCUAAAUACCAACCGAGAGCUAAAAUAACUUUAUGGUAAUUUGGGUGACUCUUUUACUCACUUUGUUGUGUCCAAUAAGCUAAAUAUUGCAGACUCCAUUUAAUUAAUUAAUAAAGUUUGUCACGAUAUAAAAUCACAUAUCGUGUGCCGUUGAAAGUAAAUUACUUUAAAUUAUCACGUAUCUAAUUAAUAUUUCCCCUUUUCUACGAAGUCUAAAGUUCUUGAUUAACAGUUUUUGUUUCCAGCUCUUAUUCUAGUUCUAUAUUUUUGAUUAGGAGCUUUAUACAUAUUAUUAGCAUUAUUAGACCUUUAUAUUAACCAGGUAAAAUCAAUUGAGAACCAAUUCUCAUUUACGACGAUGACCAAGAGGCCGUAACACAGUCCAGAAAACACAGGAGAAAAUGGCUAAAAGGUACAUUAAUAAACACUAUGUACAAAAAAAAAAGGCGGAUUACUGGAUGUUCUUUGUAAAAAUGGAAGAGAGAGAGAGAAGCGAGGGCUGGUCAGCAGUCAACUCUGACUCGUUGCUUUAGUUUGAGCAUGUUCAGAGAGGUGAGAGCGUGUUUUGGGCAAAAUGAACGACGUUGUGACCAAACACAGGACGGACUCCUUUGGAUCGAUGAGCCUGAUGAAGCCACCGGAUCUCAAAACGCCGAUCGCUGUCAGAAAAUGUGCAGAAGAUUUGAGAGGUGGCGAGGGGGUCGUUCCCCAAAAUGGAUUUGUGGACCUCGAGCAGCCAGUGUUGUGAAGGGAGGGGCCGACCCACCAGUCCGUAAAGAUCGCAGUUAAUUUCUUCUUAAAAUAUCCCCGGGGCGGCGAUGGACCGCGUCAGCCUGCUGUGGCGCCUGAGGCGGCGGGCUCGCCGCGGAGUCCUCUGCAUGGCCUUCUUCUGCAUCUCCAUGGCUCUGCUCUACGCCAUCUGUGCCGAAAACAGCGUGCCCGUCACCGACGCCAUUUUCGGGGUGCGGGCGCGAACCCGGGCUCAGCCUCGCGCGCACUCCGUCGUCAAGGUGCUGCGAGGCGGAGCCAAGCCCAUGUACAUCGACCCCCAGAAGCUCCCAGGGGUCGUUCCGGGCGACCCUCACCGUCCAAUCCCUGUCCUCUCCUCUCCAAACCACACCCACGAAGCCGGCGACCCCGCGCCAAAGCGGAAGCCAAAAGAGCGCGAGCACCCCGGGUUUUUCGCCCGGCUGCUGCCGCGCCCCUUCACGCGCGCCCUGGAGACCCUGUUCGGAGGCCGCCGGCGGGGGGAGCUGAGCGGCAGGGUGGGGGAGGCCGAGUUCUUCGGGCCUCACGGGCUUUUGGGAGAAGUGUGGGAUGACGAGAUGUCCAGUAGCAUGCUGGGAAGCAGACUGAGGAAGGUGGUGCAGAACUAUCAGGCGAUGAAUAAGUACGGGGUGGAAGUCUCCGGUCCCGGUGGAGUGUCCAACAGGCCCAAGCUGAGUGGUCCCAAGCUCCUCUGCCAGCUGAAGGACAACAUAGAGGUCGCGACGUUGACCUCCGACCUCCAGCCCUUCUCGUCGCUGCCCUGGGCCGACCAGCUGCCGCCAAAGCCGCUGACCUCUGACCUCGGGCCGUACAGGAGCUGCGCCGUGGUCUCGUCUGCAGGGUCGCUACGCUACUCCGGACUUGGCAAAGAGAUAGACUCUCACGACGCCGUGCUGCGCUUCAACGCCGCGCCGACCACCGGCUACGAGAAGGACGUCGGUUCUAAAACCACGAUCCGCCUCAUCAACUCGCAGGUGAUGGCGUCUGACGACCAUCGUUUCCUGUCCAGCUCUCUGUACAGCUCAGGUGCUCUGGUGGCCUGGGACCCCGCCCCCUUCUCCGCCGACCUCACUCAGUGGUACAACCGGACAGAUUACCCAAUCUUCACCCAGUACCAGAGGUACAGGAGGCUCCACCCGAUGCAGCCCUUCUACAUCCUGCACCCUCGCUUUGAGUGGCAGGUCUGGCAACGAAUACAGGACAACAUGGCUGAGCCCAUCCAGAAGAACCCCCCCUCCUCCGGCCUGCUCGGAACCGUCCUGAUGAUGUCGCUGUGCGAGGUGGUGCACGUCUACGAGUUCCUGCCGUCCCGCAGGAAGACGGAGCUCUGCCAUUACUAUCAGCGUUUCUACGACGCCGCGUGCACGCUCGGCGCCUACCACCCUCUGCUGUACGAGAAGAACCUGGUCAAGCGGAUGAACCAGGGGCCCGACCGCGACAUCUACACCCACGGACGGGUCACGCUGCCUGGGUUUGGAAAGCUGAACUGCACCCAGGCCGCUGGAGGUUUUCCUAACCACUGACUGGGAAUCACAGAGGCAGCGGAGCACAUAAACAAACACACACACACACACACACGAUGCAAAGCAGAACCCUGCAUGAAGACACGUAAACAAGAGGACAGACGCAUGAACACUUUAUUCACAAAGGAACGUGCCACUCCCUAUAAAUAGUCCAAUCAACUGAUAGAUGCGCCUGUUGUUUACACAUAUAUAUAUAUAUAUACUUAUGAGGACGUUCGACAGAUAAUCCCUGUUCAUCACUAAAACCAACCCUUAAAAAAGGACCAUCUAAAAAUCCUGCUCGCUUUUUUGAUGUUAUUGAUUUUUUUUGAUUUCAUAGCUCACCUUUAGGUUUUAGACAAUCUGCCUCUGCACACUGUCGAGUUAGUGUGUUAGUGCGUCUCUAACUAUGCUCCAUGCCCAUUGGCUCUUACUGAAAACAAAAAUAGUCACAUUUUUAAGUUUCAGUAAUCUCCUAAAACUGCUGGUAGUUGUUAAUCAAACAAACAGGAGGAAACGCAUUGCGCUAUACUUGAUGCUCAGUCGUUCAUGAAGAACGUGCAAUCAUAUCGCACUUGUGUUUGUGAAUAAGACGGAAAAUACAGCUGCUUUGCUUUUAGGCUUUUUAUGCGACUUGGAUUUUUAGUUUAGGGAAUAUGUAAGAGCCCUAUUUUCAGGGCUUGAAAACCCCUUCAAGCAGCAGGACGUCUUGACUGGAUGUCGGCUGUUUCCUCCUCCAUGUGAUUGAAUUCGUUCUCAGACUGGUGAUGAGUAUCAACCCACGACACACACAGAAGGAGCCCGAGUCACCGUACGAGUACGCCCACAUGUUGGUCUGAAGUCAUUCUUUCUGCAGCAACGCCGCUUUUAAUUGGUAAAAUGAUCACGGGAGCCCUCAAAAGAAGUGAUAUAAUAACAAGCCAUGUUGUCCCCUCUGGUUUUCCUUCAUACAUUCACACUUUGGCCAGUAAAACAGUUAAUUAGAUGUAGACCUUUGAGUGGUUGUGGAUGCGGUUUGAGAGCAAACACAAAUCACAAAUGCAUGUGAAAUUAUCUCUUAAAUGUCUGUAUAUGCACACGGAUAAGAAACUGAUCCCUUCUCUGGAGAACACAAGAGAACCAGAGGGUUUUAGAGGGUUUCUAAAAGAGUGCCGGACUGCAUCGUUAAGAAACCUGCUGAUGAAUGUCACUACAUGACACACACACUCCUCACUCAACCUAUUUAUUGAAGAUAAAUGCUGCCUGCGGACGACUCUUAUCCAAACAAAGCCAACAGUCCAGUAACAAAACAAGUUAAAAAACCUGUCACAACCUUUUCCUAAUAGUCUUUUUAUAAUUAUAUAGUGUAUAUAUAUAUAUAUUAAUGCAGUAAGACUCAGGAGAAUGGUCUUUCAUGUGAUUCUGCGACUAAGCCCCGUGAAGCAGAACUAGUUUUAUUUCUACAAAUAUCCACAUUCACAAACUUGCUAACGUAGCUGCUAGCUUGGAAUUGAUGUCUGGUGGGACAUUAAAAGAAAUACAGGUAGUCCUUUUGUUUUUUUAUUAGAGAAUAUAUACACUAUACCAUUCAUAUAAACAUACAUUGUCAUCCCGCUACUUUGCUGCCACUUUUACAUCUUUAGCUGGAGCCAGGGGGAGAAUUAGCUUAGCUUAGCAUAACAACUAGAAGCAGGUGGAAAGAGUUAGCCUGGCUCUCUCCAAAGGUAAAAGAGGAGAAACUGCAACAGGCCAUAGAUAUUAAAGCUAGUCUAAUAGCCUCGCUAGAUAUAAGAUAGUAAGCUAGGAAGUAGACUUCAGUCGGCUUAAACUUGUAUUUUCAGUAUCUCAGUAAAGAUCGGCCUCCAGAGUAUUCUGACUUUCAUUCUAUUAUUACCAACGCAUGUGUAGAGACAGGAGAAACCCUCUACACCUGAUGAAGAGGAACUAGCAUGGUACGGAGUCUGCUUUUAUCCCAUCAUGUAUCUUCACUAAACGUGACGUAAAACAUAUUGUUAUUCACAUCAUCACGCGUGCGCCGGCUCAUUGGCAUGCAAAUAACCACAAGGAGCUCCUUAGAUUGAAUGUUAUGAGUCUAAAAUAUCAGAUUUCUCAUAAUAAAUGAAUAAUAAAAGUUUUACGGAA